CCCCGGCUGGGGCGAUUUUGUGACCCGCCGGAACUGCUUCUGUAUGUCGGAAUAGUCUGCACUGCACACCAACGAAACAAGUUAGUUUGACCAGACCCGCGAACAACAUGAUCGAUCAACAAAUAUUUGGUAGCAGUGAUCCAGGGACCGCUUCGUAAUGCCUUGCAUCGUGCCAACCUGUAGCUCCGUCAAGCGGUUGCGCACGUUUCCUCAGAAUGCGAUGCUUGCCAACCGGUGGCUACAGGCCGUCCAGACCGGUUGUCAACUGGGAAGUUCCUGGAGCGCAGGCUGGUCGUUCGAUUCGUGCGAAAUUUGUGACGAUCAUUUCGGCGGCACCGAACAACUGUUUUUCGAUAAGCACUACAUGGAACCGACCGGAUUCCGGGGCAGCGAUGGGAAUCCGAUAACAAUAGUGACAUGCAAAUUGUGCCUACAACUGUAUCCGGAGGCCGAUGUGAGGGAUAGUGAAGAUUGUCUUCAAUCGAUUCUGCACAACUUCAACGGUGAAAAUUUUAUCAGAAAAAUAAUCGCAUCCCAUAGUAACAUUUCGAGCAAAAUGUGCCGGGAAUGUGAGGAGAAACUUGAAGGAAUAAAAUCGACGUUGGUAUUUUUCAGUCGUGCUAGACGAAACUACGACAAUUUAUUAGCAGCUGUAAAUGAUGCUGAGGAAAAUUUUUCUAGAGAAAAUUAUCUUUUUGAAACUGUAAAAACGACUCGUCAUUUUUCAGAUUCUGAGUCAUCUGUUAAAAUCGAAAGUUCAACAGCAGCUCAUGGAUCAGUAUCGAAUAAUGAGAUUAAAGAUGAGCUACCAACGGAAGAACCGUCAAUCAUAACAUGUGAAGGAUGUGACAGAAAGUUUAUGACACAGAAAAAAUUACAACUGCACUCAGCAAAGUGUAAAGCCUGCAGAAGAAAGUUGCUCCAAUGUAGCAUAUGCAACAAGAUUUUUCCGAAAAUGGCAAUUCUGGAUAAGCACUAUCUGGAUGUUCAUGGUUUGGACAAACCCUAUUCGUGUUCCGAGUGUAAUGAGACAUUCAAAAGUAGCUACGGCCUUGCUGCCCACGUCAGACAUAUCCAUCAGAAGGUUCCGAGGAACCUGACCAAUUUUCCUUGUCUGAUCUGUCCAUCCAGACUCUGCACGCUUUCUGAGUUGGUGGAACAUGUUAAGAAAACGCACCCCGACGAAGACUAUCCGUUUCUGAAAUGUGCGGAUUGUCCGAAAAAAUUUUACACCAAGUUGAACCUCAGAAAGCACGUGUUAGUGCACACUGAAAGGACAACUUGUGACAUCUGUGGAUUUAAGGCUUGCGACAUCAAUACACUGAGGACUCAUAAAGACUUCAAACAUUCUGACAAACGGAAAUUCAAAUGUGAAACGUGCAGCAAAGCCUUUAAAACUAUUUCGGUUUUAAAGGUUCACCUCCGAACGCAUCAAGGAAUUCGUUUUCCAUGCUCUCUUUGUCACAAAUCGUUCAUCUCGAAGGGCUUGCUCCAUCAACAUAUGAAAAACUAUCACUUGAAGGAUUCGGCCAUCUUCAAAUGUCUUCUCUGUGAACAAACGUUUAUCAAAUCGAUGAAACUCACAGAGCACAUUGGCAAAGAUCAUUCCGGUGAUAGCUAUCCUUACAAGAAAUGUCCCGAUUGUAAGGCUCAGUUUACAACAGAAUUCAACUUAACUAUGCACAUCAAAAGUGUUCACCAGGCAAGCUUUCAUUGCAAAAUCUGCGACAAGCGGUUCCCAAACAAAACCCGUUUGACAGACCAUCUGGCACGGGUUCACGAGAAGCAUCACAGACACAGGUGCGAGAUUUGCGGCAAAGGCCUUGCCAAUAACCAUAUUCUGAGGAGACAUCGUCGGACGAUGCAUGGUCUAGAGGAAAGUAACAAAUGAUAAUUGUCAGAACCAUAGCGAUAAGAAACGAGAAGCUUCACAACGAAAUAGUUGAAACAUUAAA